CAAGUAGUAAAUGUUUCAUAUGCUCGCAAUGUGUUGUAGAUGCACCCUAUCGAUUACUGAUGUUAAUAAAAAAAUCUUAACAUCAAAAUAUUUAAUAAAAAGAUAUGAAAAAAUUGAGGCAUUUAUUGAAAGUUAUUUCAUGUGGGGUAUACGAUAAUAAAUGUGAGUAUCAUGAUUGACAAAUUGAUACAUAAUGUCUUACAUUGGGAGUUAACAAGUUUAUGCAUUAGUUGAAAGUUACUUUACAUUGUAUAAGAUAAUAAAUAGAGUAUCAUGAUUGACUAAUCGAGGCAUAAAGGCUUACAUUCAUAAUUUACAAACCUCAAUCUUGGAAAUGAGUGAGGAUUAGAUAAUUGGACAAUAAUAAGUGGGUAUAAUUUAUAUAUAUAUGGUUCAGGUUAGUGUACGUCAGUCGUACAUUGUACGCCCGUCGAGUUUUACUAUUUAGAGCCCGAAUUAACCGCAGUUUAGGGAAUGAUACUAUACCCUAACCUCUAAUGGGUGAACCCCAGUCCCUAAUUCUCUAACCCAAGCCACAAGAUUCAUUUAAUCUAAAAAAAUAAUAACCGACAGUUCUGAUUCAGCGAAAUAUAUUAUAGUGCAAAAACCAAGUGUGAACACAGGCGUACUUAUAAAUAUAUAUAGUUAUGGGUGCCUUCUACUGUACCCGGCCGGGUGAAAUCUGGGGUAUCACAUACCUUGAGUAUGAAAACGCUAUAUAGACAUCGAAUUAGCAGGAUUAUUGGGCAUGAUACUAUACUCUAACCCUUAACGAGUGAACCCUAGGUCCUAAUUAUCUAAAUCAUAAACUAUAAACCCUAAGAUGGUGCAUUGAUUUUUUGCCUGUAUUUGCACGAAUCAUAACCGUCGAUUAUUGUUUCUAAUUAAAUUGAUCUUGGGGUAUAAGAUUUAAAGAAUUAAAACCUAGAUUUUGAUCUUUAAGGGUUAGAGUAUAGUAUCGCAUCCGGAGAUAAGUCAAUUCAAGUUCUGGAUAGCGUUUUUUUACUCAAGGUAUGCGGUACCCCGGAUUUCACUCUGGUACCGUAGAACCCCCCUGACAAUUAUACAAAAAUUGGAUGGAUUGUUGAGUAUUUUGAUCGAGAAAUGAACCUAUAAUAUGUCAAUGUCCCAUAAACCUAUAUUAAGAGACUACGAAAAUUAUAAAAUAGGAUGUUACCACAAAACAAACCAUUUCAAAUAUUGAUUCACCUUAAGAAAAGGUUCUGCAAGGAUAAGUUGAUUUUACAUAAAACAUAAUUAGUCGGACCAACGGGUGGUUCUAUGCAUUUGAGAAAUUUUCUCUGUAGAGGAUCAACCAAUCAACAAAACAAUGAUCCAAUUCAAUCUUCAAACCUAGAAUGUAAGUACAAAUAUGUAUCUGUCUCUUAUUAUUUAUAGUUGACAAUUUUAUGUACAUCCAUACCCUCUAGGAUUUAGGGAAGAUGGAAGUUAUUUUUAAAUCACUAGAAAGUGUGGUUGACUCUAAUUAAUCUAUUUUUAAAUGACAAUAAGCUUGUUGAUGAUAUGACCAUCCAUGAUAACACUUAUCAUUUUAUAAUCAAUCUAAUUAUUAUGAUUAUUUAAUAUUAGAAAAUUAGUUCUUACCAUCUUACAUUCAUAAACUAAUUCACAUAAAUCAAAGUUGAAGAAUCUGUUAGAAUCAGUUUCGAAAUCAGAAUUGCUCUCCAAAGAAAAGUUGCCAGCUGAGACCUUCCUAUUGUGGCUAUGGGAGAACGUUCAAAAACCAACGGUCGGCUUUCUGUUGGUCCUAUAAAAUCGAUUCUUUGCAAGUGGGUGGAAGCACUUGUCAAGAGCGGAACAGGGCUUAAGGGCAAAGUGGGUUGAUUCAAACAAAGGAAUAUGUUCUAUUGAAUUAACGGUGUAACGGGUAUGGGAUUUGAGAUUUGGGUUUCAGUAUUCUGUUCGUUAUUUGAAUUCAUUGUGUCUGUAAUUGCUUCUCUUUGUUUUGCUUGAUAGGAAAAAAUAUAAUAAAAAAAGAGUCUCCUAGACCUCAGUAAGUACCGAGUCUAGGACGAGUAGUGACCGGUAGUUGGGAACCUCGUUAAAUCUUGCUGUGUUCUUUUAGCUUUUCUGUACUGCCUCCUUUAGUUUCUGAUUGUUCUCCAACAUGCUCUGUUUUCUUUUAAAACCAAAGAUUCUGUUUUCUAAGGAUUCUGAUCCAAGGAAGAAGACAAGCUCUAGCUAUUUCCCUAGUUCAUUUACUUUUGGGCCAAUCUCUCUUAAGCCCAUUUUUGUUUAAUUACUCUUAGUUUCUGUAAGUGGGCUUUGUGAAACGUGGGCUCAUACUAAAGGGAAGAACCAGUACCAAAGGAAAGAAACAGUCUUUGUUUCUUCAUUUCUUUAUUCUUCUCAUUUCCCCUUUCUUCUCUGGAUUUCCCAGUUUCAAAACCCUACUUUUUCCCUGGUCAUUUUGAUUUCAAUUGGUAUCAAAGUAUGCCCUUGCUGAAGAAAUCUCUUGCCAAGGUUUAGAUCCAAUGGCAUCUUCAUCCUUUGUCCAGGUGGUUCUCAAUCAUCCCCCAAUCUUCACCGGUUCAAAUUAUACUGCAUGGAAGAAACGGAUUAAACAAUUUAUGUGGGGAAUUGAUGAAGAAUUGUAGCUAAUCGUGCAAAAUGGUCCGAUUGCCAUGAUUGCUGAGGAACAGACUGUGUGGUCGGCAGCUCAGAAGAAAAGUGCUCAGUUGAAUCAAUGUGCUAUGCAUGUUUUUCAAUCUGCAAUGCAUCCAGAUGAAGCAGAUCAAGUCGAGAACUGCGAGACGGGAAGAGAAAUAUAGCUUGCUUUGGAAAGCACUUAUGAAGGUACUUCUAACAUACGAGAAUCUCGGAUUGAUCUAUUAGUUCAUGAAUAUGAGGCAUUUAACAUGUUUUCAAAUGAUGGAAUUCACGAGAUGUAUUCUCGAUUCACAACUUUAAUCAACAAGCUUAAGGGUUUGGGAAAAAUUUUUCUUGUUAAAGAUCUGAAUCGAAAAAUUCUUAGGUUGCUACCCAAAAGGACAGCUAUUGUGGAGGCUAAGAAUUUAGCUACUCUGCCUAUUAAUGAACUAAUUGGUUCCCUGUUGAGUCAUGAGAAUGUUAUCAAGCAAGUUAAUCAGGAUGAUGAUAAGAGGCAUAAAAGUCUUGCUUUUAAAUCCAAGGUUAUCGCUUAUGAUUCGGGUAGUGAAAAUGAAGCUGAGUUUGAUAAAGAAUUUGCUCUUGUUAGCAAACAGUUUCAUAGGAUGCUUAAACAUAAAAACAAUAGAAAACUUCAGGCUUCAGAGAGUCAAAAUUUUGAAUAUGAUCGUACUAAACCUUACUCUCAAGAUAGGCUACCUCUGUCGCAGACCAGAAAGUUUGAAACAGGUUUUCAGGAUAAGGAGCCUCAGGCGUGUUGUAAAUGUGGGAAGUUGGGGCACAUUCGUGCUCAAUGUACUCUGACUCUAAGGGCUCGUGAGCAUGCUAAGAAGGCUUCUUGGAGCAGUUAUGAUUCGGGUCAAGAUAAUGUGCCCUCUGACGAAUAAGCAUUUAUGGCCGCCAUACCUGUUCAAACCACCACGGAUCAUCAUUCAGUUUCUACAGAAGCUGAUGACUUCAAAUGGUAUUUAGACAGUGGAUGUUCACAUCAAAUGUCUGGUAAAGAUGCUUUUUUCUCUUCUCUAUUAUCCAAAGAUGGAGUAAGGUCCUUUUUGGAGACAAUGGAUCUGGACAAAUUGUUGGAAUUGGUACCAUAGGAAGUUUAACUUGUCCAUCUUUUCGUGAUGUGCUGCUAGUGCGGGGUUUGAAACAUAAUCUGUUAUCCAUUAGCCAAUUGUGCAGUAAUGGUAAUCGUGUUAUCUUUAAAACUGAUAAAUGUAUUGUUGAGCGUGUAAAAGAUGACAAAGUUCUUUUUGUAGGAUCUAUAGUCAACAAUAUGUAUCGUAUUGAUCUACAUGGUUUAACUGCCUUUCAUGAGAUGUGUUUUACAGCUUCCUGUCAUUAUGAACUCCUUUGGCAUCGUAAGAUAGGUCACAUUAGCCUUCCCAAGCUAAUUACUCUUUCUAAGUCAGAAAGUGCUCGUGGUGUUCCACCAUUAAAGCAUAAACCUGAUUUUUCUGUGAGACAUGUGUUGCUGGGAAGCAUACCAAGAAAUCAUUUAAACUAAAGUCUAGCAUCACGACUACUGCUGUUUUUGAUUUGAUCCAUUUGGAUCUUUUCAAUCCUUGCAAUGUUACUAGUCUAGGGGGUAAGAAUUAUGUUCUAGUCUUGGUUGAUGAUUUCUCUCGUUAUACCUAGGUUUACUUUUUGGAGCAUAAAGAUGAAUCGCUUGCGAAAUUUAUAAUCUUUGCGAAUCAAAUUUAUGGACGCAUAAAAACUAUUGCAGUGAUAAUGGUGGUGAAUUUGUUUCAGAAGAGUUUGAGACUCAUUGUAAUGAGUCAGGGAUAACUCAUACGUUCUCAGCUCCUCGAACUCCUCAGCAAAUGGAGUUGUUGAACAUAAAAAUUGCACUAUUAUAGAAUGUGCGCGUACUAUGCUGCUAGAAUAUAAUUUGCCAAAAUUUUUCUGAGCUGAAGCUGUAAGUACAUCCUGCUAUACUCUUAAUAGGGCUCUUCUUAGAAAAGGGAUGAUGAACACUCUCUAUGAGAUUUUUAAAUUCAAAACCCAAAUUUGUCAUAUUUCCGUCCUUUUGGAUGUCCUUGUUUUGUGUUGAAUACCAAAGAUUGUUUAGGAAAAUUUGAUGCAAAAUCAGAUUCUGCUCUUUUUUUUAUGGUAUUCAGUUAAUGGUCAAGCAUAUCGUGUCUACAAUAAGCGUACUAAGAAAGUUGAGGAAUCUGUUCAUGUUGUGUUUAAUGAUACUAAUGCUUCGGAUAAGAUUUUUGUACAGGAUGAGGGUGCAUAUGAUAUGCUAGAAAUGAUUCGAAUGCCCUCUGAGGAAGCUAAUUCUCUGAAUGAUAAGGUUACCAAGAUAUCAUCUCAUGAUGAUCAUACUACUCCAGAAAAUUUGGAAGAUACAAAUGAAAGUACCACAACAGAUGUCCAUAAUCAGCCUACCGUUCCUCCACAUAUUAAAAAAGGCAUCCUGCUGUUCAAAUAAUAGGAGAUGUGAAUG